GUAGUGUCGCGGAGGCUCUGCGCGACAGAGCAUUGCCUGUGUAUAGUUAAUAAGAACAACGCCGGUUGUAAUAAAAGUGUGGUACAUCAGUGAAAUAAAAAAAGUGUAUUUCUUUAAAGGAAAAAACAUUCAACAAUAAUAACAACAAUGCAAUACUACUUCGUUUGGAAUUGUGUUCUUGUUCUCAUCUUCCUGGUGUUCCGGAUCGAGAACAUCGACGGGAUUCAAUUAUGGGGCAUGCAGUACGGUCGCGCUCCGCUUUUGGAAAAGUUUACGUGGAAAACGAUGGACUUUGCUUAUCCGGACGAACGCAGCAGACAGCUGGCAAUGACAAGGGGCGAAUUUGUGCCGGAGAAUGCUCUGCCGGUUGGCAUCGAGAUCUGGAGGAACAAACUGUUCGUCACGAUACCGCGAUGGCGCGACGGAAUACCGUCCACGUUGAAUUACGUAUCGUUGGACGUUAAUCAAGGUGAAUCGCCGAAGCUGAUACCCUAUCCAAGUUGGGCCCAAAACCAGGCUGGUGCUUGUGGCAGUGGAUUGACUACCGUUUACAGAAUUCACGCGGACACGUGCGACAGGCUGUGGGUACUGGACACCGGGACAAUAGGAAUCGAAGACACAACCAUACAAGCCUGUCCUUACACCUUGAAUGUGUUCGACUUAAAUACAGACAAAUUGCUGAGGCAGUACAGGCUGAGACCAGAGGACAUCAAUCAGAACACCUUCAUCGCCAACAUCGCGGUCGAUCUGGGAAAAGGUGGUUGUGACGACGCCUUCGCUUACAUGUCUGACGAAUUGGGCUACGGUCUGAUCGUGUAUUCCUGGCAACAGAACACGUCUUGGCGAAUAACGCACAGCUACUUCAUGCCGGAUCCUCUGGCGGGCGAUUACAAUAUCGGGGGCUUGAAUUUCCAGUGGGGAGAGGAGGGCAUUUUUGGAAUGAGUCUGUCACCGCUCGCGGAAGAUGGCUAUCGAACGCUCUUCUUUCAUCCUCUCAGCAGUAACCGGGAAUUUGCGGUCUCCACGAGGAUCUUAAGAGACCAGCAGUUGUCGCAGAACAGUUAUCAUGAAUUUCAAGUGUUGCCAUCGAGGGGACCGCUUUCUCAUUGCACGGCGUCGGUGAUGGACGAGAACGGGCUUCAGUUCUUCAACUUGAUCGAUCAGAAUGCGGUCGGUUGCUGGAACUCUAUGUUACCUUACGCGCCGAUUAAUCAGGCGGUUGUCGCCAAACACGACGAGGCUAUGAUAUUUCCAGCUGAUGUCAAGAUAAAACACGGCUUGCUCUGGAUCAUAUCGGACCGGAUGCCGAUUUUCUUGAUGUCCACUCUGAAUUACACAGAUGUGAACUUCAGAAUUCUCACUAUGUCGGUUCAGGCGGCGAUCGCCGGCACGGUUUGCGACACCAUGCCGUGGAAACUGUUUAACACUAAUCGAAUCUGGUGGGACUGACACCGCGCUGCAUGCUGUUCUCCGCGUUCGAUUUGCGGCAAUACGCUCAAAUACGCACGCAAUCUUUUGUACUCGAGAUCGUGUUUAUCAAUAAACUGAAAAAGAACGAAA